UAAAUGAAGUUACUGGGUAUAAACAUAUCACAUAAUCGUCACACAAUUCACUGGCGACACUAAAUCUGAAGAGGUUCAGAGAUCGGAUCGUCUUCCCUGUCAAGCAUAGGUUAUUCCUCGUGAUACCAUAAUGUUCAGUGCAAGGGCGCAUUCAUAUUCUACAGCGCGGAUGGCUUGACGGAGGAUUUUUGUUUGCAGGAUAGCUUGACCGCAGUAGAUUUUGCAUCGUGAGCCAUGGCACGAGUUUUUCCGCAAAAGUAAUCUGAGAAGAACUAGGUUAGAAAUAGGUUAAAAUGGGCGGCACACUUCUGCUUGCGUGAAAGUCGUUACAUGGACUGUACUGGUGAAAAGUUAUACGGCAGAUGGGGGAAGCAGACAAAGAGGAAAAAAUGUAAAGGACAGUCUGUUUUAACAUAAUACUGUCUCUUGCCAUCGCAAAGGGAUCUAUCUUAACAUAUCGACUGAAUAAGUGCCACAAACGUGGUACAAUUCUUCAAGAAAGCUCCACGUGCAAUUCGCCCCUCCGCCCACUCUGCUUCCCUUCAUUGAAUGGGGCUCCGUUGUUUCAUCGCCCCCAACGCGUUCCAAGGACGGCAGACUGAAAAUCCUUAUACGGAUUGACCAUGCCUGGUGAGUAUAACCAGAGAUCCUGGAAUAUAAUGACAUCUCUGGUAUAAUUUAGCUAGCUAACGACGUUAGAUAACGCUAUUGCUGGUUAUGUAGUUAGCUGCAGUUGUUCAAGAGAUGUCCAGUUUGUAGCCAAACAUGCAUCAUAGAGAAGGUCAGCUAGGGGACCCUCAGACUCACGCAGACAUCCCUCGCUGUGAGCCUUCCUAUAAAUGGAACAGGGAGAACACUUGAAUUAGGUUGGUGACAUUUGACCUGGUCAAAGGUCAAAAGAGUUUCGAGGUUUGUCCCAAUUCACCUUUGUAACCUAGCCUGGUGGAACCAGCCUGAUCGCUGCAUUUACCAUUCUAUUUCACUUCACUGAUCAUGAUAUCUAAAGUGAAAUAGGAAGGUGAAUGCAUCGAUAAGGUUGGUUCCACCAUACUAAUCACCAUACUAAUCAUAACCACCAUUGAUAAUCUUAUCAGUGUCUUUGAUGCGGGAUCAGAAGCUGAUCUAUGCUGCCAUGCCCAUCAAUGUGGGACUGAAGUUCUACAGAUGGAGAGGACUGUAGAUGCGUUUGCCAGUCGCCAGUCUCGGUCGUUUGAUGGGGAGACCAUAAUUGGGAUUUGCUAUGUCCAGUUUCCUGGGUGUGAGUGUUUGGUUCUUGCUUGUCCUUCACUAUGUGGCUGCAGUGAUGGACUGCCACCCGGGUUGUCGCUGUGAAGUCGAGAGCUUCGGCCUGUUCCACAGCUUCAGCCUGACCCGGGUCGACUGUAGUGGGGUGGGCCGUGGUCAUGGCCUGGUGGUCCCCAUCUCCAUCCCCCUGGACACCUCCUCCCUAGACCUGUCCUCCAGCGCCAUCCACACCAUCGCUGACUCCAUGCUGUCUGGGCCAGGCUACACCACGCUGGCCAGCCUGGACCUCAGCAACAACCUCCUCUCCAGGCUCAACAGCAGCAUCUUCUCCAGGCUGCGCUACCUGGAGACCUUGGACCUGAGCCACAACACCCUGGAGGAGCUGGCCCCCGGCUGCUUCUCUGGCUUGCCCCUGGCCGAGGUGGACCUGAGCGGCAACAGGCUCCAGGAGGUCAACCUGGAGGUCUUUUCCAACAAGGGCCACGGUGCAGGACCUCUCAAUGUGGACCUGUCUAACAACCUGCUGAACACUGUCACGACUAGGGAUCCACAGGUGCUAAGCCCUCCUAACAUUCAGAGCCUCAGUCUGGCAGGGAAUCGUCUGAGGGCCGUGCCCAAGCUGCAGGGCCUCCCUCUGAGGUCUCUGAGCCUGGACGGCAACCCCAUCCUCAGCAUCGAAAGGCACAGCUUCACAGGGCUAAGGGAUCUGGCAUACCUGUCUCUCAGUGGACUGUCUGAGCUCACCUCCAUCCAGCUCCAAAGUUUCAGUGAGCUGAGCAGCCUGCAGGUCCUGGACCUGUCCCACAACAGCAGGCUGAGACCACUUAACCCUGAGGUGUUUAGCGGACUGGCUGCCUUACAGGAGCUCAACCUGUCUAACUCAGGGGUGGUGUCUCUGCCCAGCAACAUUCUCAACCUCCUGCCCAGCAUCAAAAGCAUCGUUCUCAGGGAGAAGGUAAACUGUUGGAAGACCCAUAGACAGGUGCAGUUCCACAGACAGAUAGGAGGACAGUCAACAAGGGGAGAGGAAUUGACCUGUGAUGUCAUAGGAAUUGUUUUAUGAGUCUGCCGGCCUUAACAGGUUGGUCAAAAUGAAGAAGAGGAAGAAGGUGAGAGCCUCACAGUGCAAUCAGCUUAUACAGUAAUCACACUAUAUUUCAAAAUUCAGUCCUCAGAUUUGUGCAUCAUCAUCAAGGGUUGCACUCAAUUUCAAAAUAUAGCUUUUGUUCCACUGCUUCAAGGGAGUGUGCAAUAAAAUACCCGUGUAGAACAGUGGCCAUGGGCUAAUAAAUUAUGCUGGCAACUGAACUAACCAUCUUGAUAACAUGACGAUGUGUGAUGAUUUACAAGGACAAAGUCAGAAAUGAUUACCUGAACUUGUUUUGUAGUUUUCAAUCCCUUUUCUAUUUUUUUAACGAAUUCAACUGAACUAAAUAAUGACAACUCAUACAGUGUUAUGAUGCAUUAAUGUCCAUCAGACUUAUAAUGUAAUAAACUGUUUUAGAGGGCAUCAUAUUGUUAAACAUUACAACAAUUUCUGCUGGCAGAUAAUACCUUUUGAUUACUUGACAAAAAAAUGUUUUUAAUAACAUUAGAAAUAUGUUUUUGCAACAUUUUCUACAGUAUUGCCUUGGACAUAUAUUGUGUUGUGUAUAUGAAGUCUGUCAACUAUUGUUAAUGACUGAAACAGAGACAUGUAUUUUGAAUAAAAUGGAUGCAACACAAUUUGUUCCACACCCUUUUCUGGUCCCGCAACACAAGGUCCAGUGUGUGACUGAUUCACAUAAGGUUUGUUUCAUUCUGUACAGUCAAUAGCACCAUGUAAAAAAUGUGAACGUAAGAGAGUCUUGUCACCGUUUACAGAGUUGAGGAGCGACUCACCAGCGAGCUGUUAUGUGGUCACUGAGGAGGCGUUUUCACAUUUUAAUUGCACUGUCAUCUAAUGAUGUCACACAGUACAGCUCUUCUCACUGCUGUGGUUUAGUCACUGGAUGUGUUGUGUCUGUCUUCAGAUUGUGAUAGACCUAGUUUUAGGAUGAAAUGUGGGCUCAAGACUCAAAUGCAGUUCCACUAAUGCGGGAAGUGGAGAACAGGGUAAUGUAAUAGUGAGACGGUUAAGAAAAAAAGACGAACAAGCUUAUUCUUGUUAUUACCUGUUCUUUGUGCAAAUCAGAGGAAAGGUUGAAAUAGUUUAGGUUCAAAUAAACUCUGACCCACUUGCCUCAGUCCAAUCUCAAAUAAAAUCAUCUUCACUAUUUGGCCUUUGGCUAAUAGAAACAGGCAAGCUGGCCAUGUUUGAUGAUCAUUUUGACACAUCCCCUUAGUUGUAGAGAUGAAUGAAGAGUUUCAUUCCAAAACACCAUAUAUCCAUUUUCAGAAAUGUUGGUAAAUUAGCUUUUAUUGUUUAAGGAAAUAAUGAAAUAGAGAGUGGAAAAAACACAAUCUAAUCAUGGCAGGUUUUACACAGUCAAAUGUAACAGAUAACAAUUUUAAUAAACAACUGUACAAAUGCUAUGUUUCUGACAUCAAAAUGUAAAUGUAAAAAUAAAUAUAUACAGUGCAUUUG